UCAAAGGAAAGAGAGAUCAAAGAGCCACAAAACUUCCUCGAGUAAACCACCUUGUAUUAUAUUAUUAUAUAUAUAUAUACAAGUUGUGAAAAGGAGACACAUACAGCUGGAAUUAAAUAGUGAUUGAGGGAGAUAUAUAUACAUACCACAAGAAUAAUUCCACAAGUCAUCUAUUCAGGUACAGCUGGUGGAGGCUGUAUUCUGAUGAAUCAUAGUGCUAAAAAUGGUGUAUGCUUCGGAUAUGAUUCAAAUCUCAGGGGCUAAAGUCUGUAAGUCAAAGAGUCUUUCCCCGCAGUGAAUUUUUUGCUGAAAUCUGACAGACCAUCAAAGCAGCCGGUGCCAGGAAUUUGGAACUUUGAUAUCAUUUUUCGGAGUCGCACAUCAAUCUGCAGGGAGAACUAAUGGCAGAAAGAGCAGUGAUCUCUGUUAUUCAAUAUUUGGGACCAUUGUUAGCCAGUGAAGUAGAGUUGUUGAGGGGUGUUCGCAAGGAAAUGGUCAAUAUCAAAGCUGAAUUGGAGCGCAUACACUCUUUCUUAAAAGAUGCAGAAUCAAGAGCAGAAACGGGAGAUGAAGGUGUGAAAAUAUGGGUGAAACAAGUAAGGCAAGUUGCUUAUCGGAUACAAGAUGUUAUCGAUGAACACAUUCUCUUGGUCUCACCAAAACAACCUGGACUAUUUGGUUCCUUGCAUAAAGUCACACGGACGGUCACUAAGCUAAAGCCACGACAUGAGAUAGCUUCUCAGAUCCAAGACAUCAAGACUACAAUCCGUGAAAUCAAGGAAGGAGCUGAUCGAUAUGGAUUCAGCACUAGUACUUCCUCAGAACAUAGCAGCACCAGCACUAGCAGCAUCACCAAGGACAACAUGUGGCGUGACCCUCGACUGGCUUCCCUUUUCAUAGGGGAUGACGAAGUCAUUGGCAUUGAAUCUCCCAAAUAUGAACUGAUAAGCAGAUUGGUUGACCAAAAUCAAUCACAACGAGCAGUGAUCUCGGUGGUUGGCAUGGGUGGAAUUGGCAAGACCACUCUUGCCAAGAAAGUUUAUGACAGCCAAGAAGUGGUUGCACACUUCAAUUGCAAAGCGUGGAUCACUGUCUCUCAAUCAUACAAGCCAGAGGAGCUCCUCAAGACAAUGAUAAAGGAACUAUCAGGAGAUGAUGUUCUACCUCUACCUAAUGAGGGAAUUGAUUCACUCAUAGCCAAGCUAAGAGGAUAUUUAUGCGAAAAGAGGUACGUCAUUGUGUUUGAUGAUGUAUGGGAAACUGAUUUUUGGGGAUCCAUAAGACAUGCUUUACCCAAAAAUAGUGAAGGCAGUCGGGUAAUCAUCACCACACGCAGUGAACAGGUUGCUACAUUUUGCAAAGAAAUUUCAGUGGAUCAUGUCCACGAGCUUGAAGCCCUAUCCGAAGAGAAGGCUUGGGAACUCUUUUGCAAGAAAGCCUUCCAAUUGGACUACGAGGGUCAUUGUCCCCCUGAGUUGGAGGACGUAUCACAUGCAAUUGUUAGAAAGUGUCAAGGUUUGCCACUUGCAAUUGCAGCUAUAGGCGGUCUCUUGUCCACCAAAAACAAGGGUAUGUCCGAAUGGCAAAAAUUCUAUGGUAGCAUGAACUCUGAGUUGGAAAGGAAUCCUAACCUUAAAAGCAUUAGCAAAAUUUUGUUGUUAAGUUAUAAUGAUCUGCCUCAUCACCUCAAAUCUUGUUUCUUGUACUUUGGCAUAAUGCCAGAAGACUACUCUAUCAAAGCUGGGAGACUAAUUCGGCUAUGGAUAGCUGAGGGUUUUGUUGAAGAACAGAACGGAAAAACAUUGGAAGAAGUUGCAGAGGAAUACUUGACUGAGCUGAUCCAUAGACGCUUAGUUCUAGUGUCAACAACAAAAUUUGAUGGAAGAGUUAAACAGUGUCAGGUACAUGAUGUAGUGCGAGAGAUUAUUCUCUCAAUGUCCAAGGAGUUUAGUUUGUGUCAAAUUUUGGAAGAGGAGAAUUCAAGUUUCAAUGCCACAACUCGCCGGCUAUCUAUGCAUAUGCAUUACUGCAACAUGGAUAAGGUUAUGAAAAGCAUUAGUAAAUCCCCAGUUUGUUCUGUUUUUCUUUUUCAAGUGGGAGAGCUGCCCAAGAAGGCCUUAUUGGGUACACUAGCUGCAAAUUUCAAGCUUUUGAAAUUGCUGGAUCUUGAGGAUGCUCAUUUGGAUCAACUUCACGAAGAAGUGGGAAAUCUAUUUCUUUUGCGAUACCUAAGCAUAAGGAGCACACAAGUGGAGAUAAUUCCAAAGUCCAUAGGUAAGCUGCAAAACCUAGAGACUUUGGAUCUGAAACAUUCCCCCGUGAGAGAGCUCCCAUUUGAUAUCAGUAGGCUCCAUAAGUUGCGACAUCUUAUUGCCUAUUCUAUUAUCUAUGAAUGUGAAUACUUUGUGGAUGGGAUAGCAGGAGUGAAGAUACAGGGAGGGAUUGGGGGUUUAGAGGAGCUGCAAAUUUUGUGUUUUGUGGAGACAAAUCAUGGCCUAAUUAAAGAGCUUGAGAAAUUGAGGCAGCUAAGGAAGUUGGGAAUUACGAAAUUGCAAAGGGAACAUGGGAGGGGUCUAUGUGCAGCCAUUGAGAAGAUGAAAUACCUUCAACGUUUGAGUGUAUGGGCCUCAAGUGAUGAUGAGAUUUUGGAUUUACAGUAUAUAUCAUCUCCACCUCAAUAUCUUCAACGUCUCAUGUUGGUUGGACGUUUAAAGAAGUUGCCCGACUGGAUCCCGAAACUUCAAAAUCUAGUCACAUUAACUCUAUCGGGUUCAGGUAUUACCAACAAUGAUCCAGUAAAAGCCCUUCAAGUCUUACCUAGUUUAGUACGUCUUUGGCUUUGGGAUGCAUAUUAUGGGGAGCAGUUGUAUUUUGAGGUUGGCGGGUUUCAAAAACUUAAGCAACUACGUCUCAUAGAGUUCAAGGGAUUGAAUUCGGUGAUAACAGAGGAAGGAGCAUUGCCUCUUCUUGAAGAGCUAGCAAUUGGGCCUAGCCCACAACUAAAAGAGGUACCAUCUAGCAUCCACCACCUCCAAAAACUCAAAACUCUUAAGUUUUGCUGUAUGCCGGAAGAAUUCAUAGAUAGAAUGGAACCCAAACCCAACCAAGGAAAAGACUACUGGAUCGUCGAGCAUAUCCCUUAUGUCGAGCUCUGGUCUUAUAUCGGAAAACAAAAAUCUAUGACUAAAAUCGACAAUCUUGAAGAAUAUUUCAAUCGGAAGGUGGAAAACGCAAGGGUUAGGGAAGAUAAAAAUGAAUCUCAAAGUUGAAUGUCAGUUCAAUUAACUGUAAGGUCUUUGCUGCCGGCGCUUAUCAUGGAAGGAAAUUCAAUUGCAAUUUGCAGACACCAAUUCAAAUACUCCAAGCUGCCAAUCACCUCAUGAUUAAGCAAACCCUUUUCUAUUAUUGUUGAUUUUUAUUUCCUUUUGGAUUGCAAAAAACAAAAACAAACAAACAAAAAGUGUCAUCUCUGCCAACAGACAUUUUUUUUGCUACGACAGUGUAUUGGAUUUCUGUCAUCAAAACUUAUUUCAUGAUAACCACAACUACGUAACUUUAAUUUAGACAAACUUAUGAUCAUACAUUCCUUCUUGUUGUAUCUCUAAUCUAAAUUUUGUGUUUGUUCUUUUCUUUCUAUUUUUUUUUUAUUCUUCAGUAUGUAAUAUAGAGCUAAUGUUUUGCAUAAGAAUGUAGUAACCAGGUUUAGGUUAUCACUGAACCUUUAUUGACUACUGUAUUUUUAGGGAAGAAUUAU